GUGAGAUUGAUUUGUUUUCACAAGUAAAUGCCAUAAGCACUUGCUUGUUGAUAUCUCGAAAAAUCGCGCUUAAAAAAGUUGCAAACGUUGGAAUUUUGUGUUACAUUUUGCUACGAUUUGAUGGUGACAAAUUGAUAUGGGUUCAACAAACAGCAAAGAAGUAUUUGAUGUUGGUGAAUCUGUCACCUCCACUCCUGGGACUGCCAAGGCAAUAAGCUAUGAGGUUAUCCUUAGUCCAAGAGUGCAGAAUGCCAGACAGCCUCAGUUAACACCUAAAAGAGAAGGGAUGUUGACACGUCAGGACAUAGAUGAAAAGCUGGUUGCCGCAGAGAGAAGACGCAAGAUGAGACAGCUAGACAUGCGUCUUAAACUUGCCCACAACGAUGGGCAUGCAGAGGUGGUCCGCCAAGCCAUGACAGACUACGAAGAGAGAAAGAGAAGAGAGACGGAAGCUAGAUACCAAAGACGGCUCUUCAUAUUUGCUGAAAACCAGGGUACCAUUGCAGCAGAGCGAGCAGAGCAGUGGGAAGAGAAGGCAAAGAGAAUUGAAGCAGCCAAGGAAAUAGUCCAAAAACGUGAGAAGUCAUUUAGAGAAUCAGUAAAAGAAAAGCUCUCCCAAAAGUUUGACAGGUUCAAGGAGAAUUACGCCAAGUAUCAGAAAAACCGUCAAGUGGCAGCUCAGAUGCAAGCAGAGAAGAUUGAUGUUGUCAAGGAAUCAAAAGAACGACAGAUAGAAGAGAAGGCUACAGCUACAGCUGAGAAGAUAGGGCAAAAGUUUGAAGCAAGUCAAGAGAAUCGUGAGGCAACUAUAAAUGAGAGGAUCUCGAAAGUCCAAAAGCAACAAGCCAAGAUAGAGGAGGCAAAAGAGUACCGAAAUCAUAACUUGGAAGUUUCGAGUGCCAAAAAGUUAAUGCAACUAGAAGUUCGCCUGGAUAGGUCUGCAGUCAAGAGACAGCUGUUUGAGGCUGAAAUUCGAAAGAAAGCCCAAGCAGACUUGGAUAAAGUUGAGCAAGCAAAGAAGCUUCGUGAGCAGCAUGAUCAGCAAUUCUCAAUGUGUACCAAGGAAAAUUUAGCACAGAAGUUUGAGAAUGCCAAGAAGGUACGUGAGCAGAAUAUGGUUGUCAGACAACAAGUGUGGGAAAAGCAGGCUGAGCAGAAGGCAAAGGUAAAGAAUUCUGUUGAUCACGAAGACAGCCAGAAGCUACGAGAAAAGAUUGACGAGAAGCAGCAGAGAACAGAGGAGAAUCGCAAUGCAAUCCUGAAUGCAAAAGUGGAGCAAUGCCAACGAGAGAGUAGUAAAGUCAAGCAGACUAAAGAAAUUGUUGAGGAGCAAAUCCGACAGCAAGAGAAGGUGGCCGAAGAGAAACUGCAGACGAAAUUGAACACCUACAAAGAGAAUCGACAGCGAAGGUUGGCAGAAAGAAAGGUGCCAGUCAAAACAUCCAAUCGUCCAAGCUUACAGGAGAUUACUAAUGAAAGAGAUCCGGUACGCAGCCCCACCAUCGAGGAGUGCAAAAAAGAAAGCUGCAAUGAAAAUGGGGAAAAUCAAGUGGAUGGUGGAAAGUUGAAGGAACUGGCAGAGAACUUUAGAAAUCGAAAUCUAGAGUACUUAGGUCUGCGCUAGGUAUUUGUGAAACAUUGUGGAAAAUACUAAUGCAUGAACAUUAUAUUUAUGGUCACUGGUGAGAAGUUUUGGGAGUGAAAGUAUGUACUAUAUAACAGAAACAUUUUAUAUAUCGGACAUAAUUAGAAAGUUAGCUUAAGAAAAAGUUAGCCAGAAGUUUGAGAAAGUCUAUUAUAGAGUUUGUACAACUGUGUGUAUAUAUAAUAACAUUUUCGUGUGGGUAGAGUUAAAUGAUGUCAUUAUUCUCACAAAAUGCAGGAGAUUCUAUGGCCUAUUUUAUAUAUAGCCGAAACAAAGAGUUCUAGAGCACAAUUCGCUGUUCUAAUUUGUCAUCGAACCAAAGCAAUGUUGCAAAUCAGUAUUCUA